GCCGUAUUUGUUGUUCUUCCCCGUGCUUCCGGGACGUUGAGGGUCUGCGCGGGUUCGAUGCUUAUGCCUCCUCCGGCUCCGCCAGUGACCCGUGUUCCUUCGGCCCCGCAUGCAGAUUAACAGGUAUGCCAAAGGAAAAAUAUGACCCUCCAGAUCCCCGCCGAUGUUACACCAUCAUGUCAUCCGAGGACGUAGCCAAUGGGAAGAAGUCUUACUGGGCUGAGCUGGAGAUCUCUGGGCGGGUGAGGAGUCUGAGCAGCUCGCUGUGGACGCUCACUCACCUGACGGCGCUGCACAUCAACGACAACAACCUGAGCCGCAUCCCGCCGGACAUCGCCAAGCUGCCACACCUGGUGUACCUGAACCUGUCGUCCAACAAGCUGCGGAGCCUGCCCGCCGAGCUGGGCAACAUGGUCGCUCUCAGGGAGUUGCUUUUAAACAACAAUCUUUUGCGAGUUCUGCCUUACGAGCUUGGGAGGCUGUUCCAGUUACAAACCCUGGGGCUGAAAGGAAAUCCUUUGUCCCAAGAUAUCCUGAAUCUGUACCAGGAGCCGGACGGAACCAGGAAGCUCUUGAACUACAUGCUCGACAAUCUGGCCGUGCACCCAGAGCAGCUCCCCCAAAGACCCUGGAUCGCGCUGAAGGAGCGAGACCAGAUGAUGCCGGCAGCCGUGUUCACGGUCAUGUGCUACAACGUGCUGUGUGACAAGUACGCCACGCGGCAGCUGUACGGCUACUGUCCGUCCUGGGCCCUCAACUGGGAGUACCGGAAGAAAGGCAUCAUGGAGGACAUCACCGGCUGUGACGCUGACAUCAUCAGUCUCCAGGAGGUGGAGACGGAGCAGUACUACGCCAUGUUUCUGGAAACGCUAAAGGAGCACGGCUACGACGGCUACUUCUGUCCAAAGUCUCGCGCCAAACUGGUUUCUGAGCAGGAGAGGAAACACGUGGACGGCUGCGCUGUGUUCUUUAAGACUGAGAAGUUCACGCUGAUCCAGAAACACACGGUGGAGUUCAACCAGGUGGCCAUGGCCAACUCGGAGGGCUCCGAGGUCAUGCUGAACAGAGUGAUGACCAAAGACAACAUCGGCGUGGCCGUGCUGCUCGAGGUUAACAAGGACAUGUUCUCCGGCGGCAUGAAGCCUCCACAGGAGAAGCAGCUGAUCCUGGUGGCCAACGCCCACAUGCACUGGGACCCCGAGUACUCGGACGUGAAGUUGAUCCAAACCAUGAUGUUCCUGUCGGAGCUGAAGAGCAUCGCUGAGAGGGCCGCGGGCUCCACCGGCUCGCCGACCUCCGACCCCUCCUCCGUGCCCAUCGUCCUGUGCGCCGACCUCAACUCGCUGCCCGACUCCGGUGUGGUUGAGUUCCUGAGCAACGGAGGCGUGUCUGAGAACCACAAGGACUUCAAGGAGCUCCGCUACAGCGACUCUCUGACCAACUUCAACUGCAACGGCAAGAACGGCACCUCGGACGGGAGCAUCACCCACAGCUUCCAGCUGAAGAGCGCCUACGACAGCAACCUGAUGCCUUACACCAACUACACCUACGACUUCAAGGGCGUGAUCGACUACAUCUUCUUCUCCAGGAACCACAUGAGCGUACUGGGCCUACUGGGGCCACUGGACAGCCAGUGGCUCACCGACAACAACAUCACGGGGUGCCCCCACCCCCACAUCCCCUCGGACCACUUCUCCCUGCUGGCCCAGCUGGAGCUGCGCCCCUCCCUGCCCCACCCGCUCAACCCCCUCAACGGGCUGCACCUGCCCGUCAACAGGUAG